AUGAAUUUAAGCCCACAAGAAUUACACUACUUUAAGCGAGAACUUAUAUCGCGACAUUUACACGAGGAACUGGAUAAAUUCAAAGAGAGUACACAACUUACAAGUUUAACACAAACAAACGACGAAUUUCCAUUUCUACAGUACUUGACAAAGUACUUUGUACUUGAAUUUCCUUUAUUAAAAAAUGGAGACCAGCAGAAUUUCUUUGAAAAACUGCAAACAUUUUUAGAUGAAUAUCGCAAGUUAAAGACGAAUACAUAUGCUCCCAAGGUCUCGAGAGACUCCCAGAGGCGGGUAUUGAUGUAUAAAAUUGAAAAACUUUUGACUAUAUCCCUUUGUGCUAGCAUAAAGACAGUACAAGGCAAUGAAGACAGUAUUCAGAUUUUAACCCAGGUCAGUGAAGAGGAUGAUAGCUUGGCCUCUAAACUUGAUAUGACACGUUUAGAAAGUGAGGAGGAUUACGCUGAAUGGAUAGGUUUAAAUGGGCUCAAGUUGAACGUGGUUACUGUACGUGACUUUAGUGAAAGACGUACGAUCAGGGAACAUCUUCAUUCUGAGUUUAUUAUUGAAACAAGGCUUCUUGUUGAAAACAAUCGAGAAACGACUCCUGUUUAUGUCGCUCGACGACAUGGUCACUUCCGCCAACUUCGAGAUGACCUCAAGGCAGCCUUUCCUACUCUUGAAUUACCUAGUGUUCCAUCCAAGGCACAUGAUACAAAUAACCAAUCACAACACCUCCAUCGGGAAAAAGAUCGUAUCAUGUUAAGAUCAUUCCUUCGUAACCUCUCUGCUGAGCCUGAUGUCGCCAAUAGUGAUAUCUUUCGUGAUUUCUUAAUAAAUAAUCCUAUUCAAUUAACCUUAGAGGAACAAGCAGAUAUUACUAAGCGUCAAAAAAUGGAUGAAGCCAAAAUGGCUGAAGAAAAACGAUUCCGACAACAGGUUGAUAAGAAGGUUGCUGAAUUGGAUGGACUAUUAAAUAUGCUUAAAAAGCAAAUUAUGAAACCCAAUGGGCUUGUUGAAAUAUUUGACAUUAUUAAAAACACUGAAACGAUUGACAAGUUACCUAUUGAAUUACGUAAAGCAAUUGAAUGGGGUAGAAUCAACUUUGCAUUUGUUCUUCAUACACAAUUUAUUACUUCAGAUAAAUCUGUUGAAAACGUAGCCAACUUAAAGCGUACACAUUCUUUAAUAUCUUAUCGUGCUAUUGGACAAAUAUUAAAAUAUUCGAAUCCAUUCUCUAUGGUGAAAGGUAUAUUGGAUUUAUUUUUAGCACAGCCUUUUGGUGGUAAAAGCCUUUUACAAAGGAUUAUGUUGACGAAUAUGAAUGAACAAACAAAGGAGCUUGAUAAGGAUAUUGAAGAACUUCAAACAAAAAUCAAUGAUCCUCAACUUUGUCAAAAGAUAGCGAAUGCAGUUCAAACCGAAUUACCUGAUGGAGUCUCUAUGGAACGAACAACACCCAUUCUCGAAACAUUAGAACUCUUAAAGAAUCCUAAUAUUGCCCCCGUUUUAACUCCUCAACAAAUUAUCAAGGUUGCAUUUGCUAAUCAACCUGAUAAAGUUGAGUCACGUGAGUUAGUAGAAAACUUAUACCACCUUUGGGUCUUGUAUGCACGAAAGCAAGAACAAGAAUUGCUCAUGUCUCUUGUCUUCCAAGGCAUUACAGGAGAACUCAUAAAAGAUCUUUUCGCUAUCUUUUAUGAGCCUUUAGCCCAAGUCUAUAAGGCAGCCAAUAUUGGAGAGACGAUGGGACAUGUAGCUGAUUUUGUUAAUGACUUGAUAGAGGUCAUUGAUAAGUCAAGUAUGGAAGAUAUCACGAAUACGACUCAACCUUUCAUUGAUCUUGUUGAACGACACGAAAAUGACUUUUAUCAAUUUGUUCAUAAUGUACAUGCUCAAGAUAAAUCAAAGCUAUUUGAUAAUCUCUUGAGAUAUGUUGAUUCCUUAUUUGCCUUUGUAGCUAAAGGGCUUUCUAAACGUAUUGAUUUAGAACAAAUUGUGAAUGAAGCAGGUAUUCAUGAAGAUGAUGAAUACACUGCAUUAAAGCAAGAGAUAGAUAGUUUAUGUCGCUAUCAUUAUAAAAGAAAACAAAGACAUUUGGACCGAAAGAGACAAAAGUUAAUAAACACAAGUGACGAACAAGAAAUGCUUCAAUUCUUGCCUGACAAUAAAGAAAUGAUAGGAAUCUUUGAUGAUAUGGCUGAACUUGACUAUGAAAGUGAUGACGAUGAGCUAAAGAAUAAGAAUGUAUUAAUAGCCCAUGAAAUGACCCUUCCUCCACCUACACUUCAAAUUAUUCCAAGAAUAAUACCUACUUUUGUUAAGCACAUUAAAGAAAUUAUGAAGCAAUAA